AUGAAUUUUCUGAACUUGGAAGAAUCUGGGUCAUCUGGGAUCCUUCUGCCACGCCUAGCUUGUGUUCAUCUCGGCAGACCUCAGGAAGCUUUGAAUCUGUCUUUCAAGUUCUCCAACUUCAUUGCCAAGCAUCAGGACUUUCUCCCACGAAUAAAUGCUGCGUGGGAGCAGUUACAGUUUGAUGGCACAAAGAUGUUAUGCCUGAUCAAGAAGUUGAAGAUGAUCAAAUGGACCAUAAAAGAUAUAAACAGAGAUCAUUUCUCAAACCUAGAGAAGAGAGUAUCAGAUACCCUCCACAAGCUAAGCACCUGUCAAAAUAACUUCCUUUCCUCUCCCACUCCAGCCCUAGCCUCCUUGGAGAGGGAAGCUCAUAGGAUUUGGUCUGAUCUGGCUCUCGCAGAGGAGAGAUUUCUACAGCAGCGUUCCAGAGUAACUUGGAUUGAGUGUGAUGACAAAAAUACCGUUUUUCCAUCGCUUUAUGGCGGCCAGAAGAUCAAUGAACCAGAUUCACUAUCUGAUUGA